AGCCUGUGUACUGAAUGAAGGGGUCACUCGAUCCGGAUCGCCGCGUGACUCUCCUCUUGCUGAUAGACGAUCAUCGGCCUCCAUUGUUAUGAAUACGUCGAGCCAAAGCGCCAGCAUCAUACAGGCAUCGGUCUCGGGCCCCUCCGGUAGCGCCGAACAACUACAACAACGUACCGCUCUGACUUGGAUUCUUGCUUUCGUUGAAUUGGACCGCGCACAUUUAUUGGCUUUCGCCUCGAGCAUCAUUGGUGCUGUUUUGCCUUGCUUUUCGCUUAGUGGGACCCCAGAAACUCUACGGGAUCGCCGAACCUCCUUAGAGAUUGCAGUCCAGAUUAAUGAAACUUUGAUGGGUUUUGUGGGAUCCAUUCAACCGAGCGUCGAUAGGAAGCCCUUCUCAGCACUCGAGAGAAAGAUCUUUGUGACCUCACCUCCAGAAAAUGGGGAUCGAAAGUUAGAGGAUAGAGAUUCUACUUGUAGUCUAAAACCGGAUCACAGCACUGUUCGGCAAUCAGCAAAUGCAAAGUCACCUACCACUGUACCUCACCAGCCCACCAUUUCUGCGGAUGCCAUUUUGGAAGCGAAUUUUCGACUGUUAGAUCAUCAUGGUCUGCUCACCCGAUUGGCCGCGAUACGCUGGCUCGAGAUACUCGCCAGAGUUCGUCCGAAAGAGGUUUUGGCUCACGUGAUCCGUCGGCUACCAGUCAUGCUGAAUCUGUUGGCCGAUCCCGCUGCUGAUGUAGUUCAUUCCGCCAUCCGCCUUUUGGGCAAUUUGUCUAUUCACUCAAAUAUAGUCGCCUUACUGGACAAGCCAAGUCUGGAAGCGCUAAAUAUUCCAGCAGACCUGUUCUGCAUUCUCGCUGCUCCUUCAGACAGUCAUACCGGCAUCUCAUCAUUUCCCCUUCGCAGCGCUGGGACGGACGCCGACGAAUAUGCCACUGGCACCAUUGUUGAUGAUGAUAGCACCAAGCCAGAUGGCUGUAAUCUAUUUGGCAUCCGUUUUAUGGUUGAUCUAGUUGGAUUUUUCGAUACAAAUGCUACUUUGCUUUCCCAACGGGGCGACGCGAUUAUCACCGACUUGUGCCACGUUUUGGGAGCCGACAUUGUCUAUGGUGCAAUGUCCGCAAUCAUUUCUCACACUAUUCACCUUCGGUCCGCCUCGGUUCUAGUGCGGGCUCUAAACCGCAUUCUGCUCACUCAACCGGCCUUGCAUGAAUUUCGAAAUCAGCUUCGUGCGAUCAAUACCAAGACUGGAUGCCACUUACUCGAGCGGCUGUAUCGCGCUUGGUGUCACAAUCCGGUCGCACUGCUCUCUUUGUUUAUGCUGACGGAAAUGUAUGAACAAUGCAGUAGGUUGAUCAAAUCCUUCGGUGAGAUUAGCAUGACUGUGGAUACAUUUGUCGACAUGGACCAACUUGUACAGUUGCUCGAAUCACCCAUUUUCGCCACUCUUCGGUUGCAUCUUCUCGACAAACGAUACAGUGCCCAUCUUCGCGAAACGCUGUAUUGCCUGCUUAUGUGCCUACCUCAGACGGAUGCGUUUCAAACGCUUUGGCGACGGGUUCAGUGCAUUCCUCCUACAGCCAACCUUUCGGAUUGGCAAGUUGUAUCUAGCAGGCCACAACCAGAUUUUGCACUGAUCAACUCGUGCAUCGAGUUUGACGCUUUGUUUGACCACUUUCAUGCACUGCAACAGAAGUACGCUAAGGUUCGUGUUGGAUGCCUGAGCUCCGCAUCAAGAAUGAACAAAGACGCUACUUCAAACGCGGCCACCGUGCUGCUUUUGGAUGAUGCUUUGCAAACUCAGAACAAUGCCCCGGUUGCCGGAAUUCGCGAUUUUGACUCGAUUUCAACCGGAUUGACAGCGGAUUACUUUGCGCAGAGUCUGGCGAAGCUCGGUAUCCAUAUACCCGAACAAACCCUGCUCCACAAUACUGGCGCACCCAGCCGGUGAUCAAUGUACGACCCGUCCUUUCUCUACGCAUCACGCGCCUCCGGCAGGAUAUCAACUCUUUUAUUACUUUGUUUUGAACUGGUUACUACCUUUCCUGAAUUCUACUGCGGCGACAUUAAUUCUUUUUAUAUUUUUAUCUGCCACUGAAUCAUUGAGAAUCGUGUUAAAAUGAAAUAUUUGUUGCAUCGCG